AUGCAGCUCCCUAUUCCGAGAAUCAACAGUACAAACUACCAGCGCAUAUUGAUGGAAACCAAGCAGUCUGGGGACAGAGAAAAGACCAUUGAAGACAUAAAGAACGUCAUCCUGUUGAUGCCGCACAAAUCACCCAUUGUAACCAACUUCAUAAGCGACCUGGCAAGAGAUGAUGCAGCCCUUAAAGAUAGAAUGGUAAGGACGAUCAAUGAGAUCCUGGAGACUGGUGACAUCCACGGGCUGAUAUCUGCAUCGUUUACCUUGAGGAGGCUGGGGGUCGGAGGGACGGAGAACCUUUGGUGGGUCGGGAAGAUUCCAGUAGUUAAUCCUCUUUUUGAUGGUAUAGACCUCGCAAUACCUUCUGACUCCCUGGAUAAAUGCAGAGAAGAAGCAGAAAGGAUGCUGGAGACUGUUGACGAGGAAAGCUUUGAGGAGGUAUUUUGCGUAGUACAGAUCAUAAAAGGCUUCAGGUUUUCAGUUCCAGAGUGCCUGUCCCAGCUUGGUCCCAUUUCAAGACACAAGUCCCUGGUGGAUGGGAUCCGGAUCCUCCACAGGGAAGAGAACAGCCUAUACCUGUGUGUGUUAGUUCUUGAGCUUGCAAAGAAGCAGGGGUUCUUAAAGAUUCUUCUUGAGGAUCUCGACUCCUUUGAUCAUGAGUUCAGAGAUCUUCUUCUGUCCUUACUUUUUGAAUGCUUCCAUAGUCCUGGAGAGGAAAAUAGCGUCUACAUCAGCAGCUCCUACACACCCCUUAGGACUCCAGAAGACCUGGAGUUGUUUAAGCAUCUCACCACCGAAAACACAGCGAGAAUCAUGAAGAGGAUUUCAGGCAGAGGCAAGGUGGAGAAGUUCUUUCAUGAGGAAGAGGCUGCCGCUGGUAAGGAAGUGCUGAGGAUAAGUAGAGAGGAAUUUGAGAAGACUGAUUUUGGGGAUAAGAAGAUGUUUUUCAGAAACUUCUGUCUCCUUGGGUCGCCAAGCAUAUCCCAUUUUCUCACGUAUUUGGAAAUCUAUAAGGAGCAUUUUGUUCUCGACAAAGAAGAUCAGAAGGCAUUCCUCUCGAUUUUCUUCGAAGUGUUUGGUGGCUUUGAGUCAUUCUGCCGGAUAGUUGUUGGAAAAAUGGUUCAGUUCAAGAUCAUAGAUCCGGAAUUGGUGACAGACUUCGACGGCAACCAGGCUCUGUAA